GGCGGGGCUACAGGCAGAAAUGGUAUAGAGUGGACGGACUCUCGGUUGUUUCAGUUCGCCGGCGUUUACGGUAGAGUUACAAUUAAAAUAAAGACUAAAGGCGGGAGAGUUUUAGUUAAACCUUAUCCGCUGUUUAAAGAGACGUGUCGCUGAGAUGGCCAGAGGAGAAGGAGUUGAGCAGUUUUCUAAGACCAGUCUGCUGAAGAAAGGACCGGCUCAUGAGAACAGCACGGAUUUUAGGAGGGAGGAGAAAAGACACUUGUCGGUGUGCAGUAAACUGUGUUAUGCUAUAGGAGGAGCGCCUUAUCAGAUCACAGGAUGUGCCUUGGGUUUUUUCCUUCAGAUCUAUCUCCUGGAUGUUGCUCUGCUGGAUCCAUUCAAUGCCUCCAUUAUCCUGUUUGUGGGACGAGCUUGGGAUGCUAUCACAGACCCCACUGUGGGAUUCCUGGUCAGCCGGACACCGUGGACCAGAUUUGGGAGGAUGAUGCCAUGGAUUAUUCUGUCCACGCCGUUUGCAGUCGUGUCCUAUUUUCUCAUCUGGUAUGUGCCUCCUUUCGAGCAGGGCAAAAUUAUCUGGUACCUCCUAUUCUACUGCCUCUUCCAGAGUCUGCAAACGUGCUUCCAUGUGCCAUACUCAGCCCUCACCAUGUUCAUCAGUUCAGAACAGAAAGAGAGAGAUUCAGCAACAGCUUAUCGUAUGACUGUGGAGGUUUUAGGAACGGUCAUCGGCACUGGAAUACAAGGCCAGAUCGUGGGGAUGGCCAAUGCACCCUGCAUACCAGUUGGAAAUGAUCUCAACUCCACUUCCCAGAACUUUGAAUCUGAGUUCAACGCCAGCCAUCCACUUGUUUCCCUGCAACACACAAGACAGGCUUACAUGAUCGCUUCAGGAGUUAUUUGUGUCAUCUAUGUCCUUUGUGCCAUCACACUCUUCUGUGGCGUGAAGGAACACGAAGGGAUCUCAAAGGUCCAAUCAGAGCAGAUCUCCUUCUUCCGGGGCAUCCGUCUAGUAAUGGGGCAUGGUCCAUAUACCAAGCUGGUGAUGGGCUUCUUAUUCACCUCUCUGGCUUUUAUGCUCCUGGAAGGCAACUUUGCUCUGUUCUGUUCUUCCACUCUGGGCUUCAGAGAUGACUUUCAGAACAUCCUACUGGUCGUCAUGCUCUCUGCCACGCUCACCAUCCCAUUCUGGCAGUGGUUCCUUACUCGGUUUGGAAAGAAAACUGCUGUCUAUGUUGGGACUACAAUCGUGAUUCCAUUCCUGAUCACAGUGGUCCUGUUGAAACGUAAUCUCAUCGUGACUUACAUUAUUGCCUUUGCUUCUGGAGUCAGUAUUGCUGCUGCCUUCCUCCUGCCCUGGUCCAUGCUUCCCGAUGUGGUUGAUGACUUCAAAGUGCUGAAUCCUAAAUCUCAGGGGCAUGAAGCCAUCUUCUACUCCUUCUACGUGUUCUUCACCAAGUUUGCCUCUGGUGUUUCUUUGGGAAUUUCAACUCUGAGCCUUGAUUAUGCUGGUUAUGUAACGAGAGGUUGCACACAACCAGCAGCGGUGGCUGUUACGCUGAAGGUUCUGGUCUCCGCUGCUCCAACUGCACUAAUCAUCAUAGGACUGCUCAUAUUCAUCUCUUAUCCCAUUAACGAAGAACGGCGCCAGGGAAACCGCAAACUGCUCAACGAGCAAAGGGAGCUGGAGUCAGAAACAGACUCAUCAGAAACUGAACUGGUCAAUGUAUUGUAACAUCACAAAACUCUAAAGAGGUCCUUCAAAAUGGAUGACCAAAUAAGGGACCCACUGAGGCAAACGGAUUGCCCACAGAUUCAUGCCCCAAGCGGAGGAUCUGAAAGAUACAGGUCACAUUGUCAUCCAGUGUCUGAAAGCUGCUCAACCACAUGCAGAUCCAGAAGACUCCAGUUUUUUCCCCCCCUUCUCUCUCCCUUUUAAACAUGCACAAAAGCUUGAAAUGUGAUAUGAAGUUUGUCUGUGUUCGUGCUACUUGCCAGAAUGGGAUUAGUUUCCUGAACUUGAAAAGCAUGCGGCACUCACAUUGCACUAACAUGUUCUCUACCUGCCUGAUGGGGAGAAACUUCACACAUUAUUGUUUUUUGUUUUUUUUUGUAAUUCGAGUACUGUUUCAUUAAAUCAAGGGUGCCUCUUUUUUAAUACAUGAAAUGAGUUUGUAUAUACACAAGGAACGAUUAGCACUUUUCUAGUGUUGCCAGAUAUGAGCAGUAUAUUACACUACAUUUUUACAGUGUAUAGAAUAAAGCAAAGUGUGGGUGUGUAGGGGGGGACGGGACUACAUACCUGUUUGUGUUUAAUUCAAAUCCCCAUUUUUUAAAAUUAUUAUUAUUAUUAUUAUUAUUAUUAUUAUUUUUUUUU